AUGUGGGCCGCGGCCCCUCUCCUCCUCCUCCUGCUCCUGCUGCCGCUGCUGGCGCGGCUGUGGCGGCGCGGGGCGGCGCCGCUGGAGCCGGCCGGCCGGGCCGUGCUCAUCACCGGCUGCGACAGCGGCUUCGGGCACCUGCUGGCGCUCCGCCUCCACCGCCUCGGCUUCACCGUCUUCGCCGGCUGCCUCUGCCCCGGCGGCGAGGGGGCGCGGCGGCUGCAGCGGGAGGCCGGCGCCGGCCGCCUGCGCGUCCUGCGGCUUGAUGUCACCCGCGCCCGCGACGUGCUGGCCGCCAAGGAGCUGGUGCUCAGCCACCUGCCCGAGCGAGGUUUCUGGGGGCUUGUCAACAAUGCAGGAAUAUCAACAUUUGGCGAGACAGGGUGGCUGUCUAUGGAGAAAUAUGAAAAAUUUGCAGAUGUGAAUCUCCUUGGGAGCAUCAGGACAACCCUGGCAUUUCUUCCCCUUCUAAGGAAAUACAAGGGACGCAUUGUUUUCAUGUCCAGCAUUGUUGCCUAUUUUUCUCUGGGAAAUGGCAUUUAUUCUAUGACCAAGGCAGCUAUUGAAAAAUUUUGUGAUGCUCUAAGACUGGAAAUGAAGAAGUUCAGUGUCCAGGUCUGUGUUAUUCAGCCAGGAAAUUAUGCACGCUCUACAAAAAUUCAGCCACCAGUCAGUGCCGAAGAGAUUUGGAAUGAACUCAGUGAAGAGGAAAAGGCAGUUUACAAUAAGGAGUACGUUCAAGAGCGGGCAAACUUUUUCAACAGCAUUCUUAGUGAAGGAAGCGCUAACGGCAAUGAGGUUGUAGAUGCUAUGGUAGAUGCUUUAACGUCUCCUGCACCCAAGGCACGUUACAUGGUAGCGAAGCUGAAGGAAAAAGCACUGGUGUUUGUGUGUGCUUUAUUCCCGACCGUUGUGAUGGAUUCCGUUUUGUCUUACGCUCUGAGUAAAGUAAAACUUGCAUAGCCUACAUUGGUACUGUUCAGUGACU